UGUUAUGUAAAAUAUUAAACAAGUUUUUAACCAAAUCAAUUCUCCAACUGCUCUUCAAGAAAUUCUUUUUUUCCUCUCUUCCCAGUUUUCAUGCAUUAGCGAUUUACUUUUUACUUUCACAUCCUUGAGCCAAUGAUCUAUCGGUAACCUCUCUACUUUCAAAAGGUAGUGUAAGGUAUAUGUAUAUACAAUCUUGGCUCCAGAUCUCACUUGUGGGUAAGUUAUUGGUGUUGUAGCGAUUUACUUUUUACAACGAGAAACACAAGAUAUUGUGCUGGUGCAGGCAAGUUACGGUGAAAGGUGUUACUGAUCCAGAAAAGUUGGGCGCUCUUCGAGUAUUCCGUGACUGCCUGCCUACCUUUUUGUCUUCGUGUUGCACAAUAACUGCAACAAUUCACUCUUUCUGAAGUUUACUUCCCUCUCAUACGAAUAUUACCAAUUUAUGCUUUACUUUAUUAUAAUCUUCUCAUAGCUUAUAAACUAAACGACUACUCACUGUACCUCUCCUGUGUUUCCUAAUCAACCCCCUUAUCCCUCCUCUUCCUAGAAAUAGUGAAAUACACAGAGAGUCUAAGAGAGAGAGCCAAUUCCCCUGCUAUUUGGCUAAGUUAUUACUACAAGAUCUGCUUUGCCUGCUGGUUGUGGUACUAUUACUACAAACAGUCUUACACAAGCUACAGUUGCAGCCAUUUGAAUAGAUCUACUACUACUUUUUUCUGUCUUUUCAUAGGUAAUUAUUUGUUUAUCACCACCAUUUGCCUCGAUCUUGUAAACCCCAUCUUAGAAUCAGCAAGUCUCCUCUCUCUGUUCUUUACUUUUCUCCCCAUUCCUCUUUCAAUAUCUCCCCAUUUCUUUGUUCUUAAGCUGAAUUCUCUUCAACUCUCCUUUCUAUACUUGAAGAACUCACAACCCAAAUCCAACUCUUGAACAUUUAAUUAACUCAUAAUUUUACAGCCUCACUGAUAAAAGCUCCAUUUUUGGUUUAGAGUAUUGAAUGAUGGCAAAGAAACACUUGCAUGAGCUUUUAAAAGAAGAUCAAGAGCCAUUUCAUAUAAACCAUUACACUGCCAACAAGACGUUUUCAGCUCAAAAGACUCAAAUUUUCUUCUCCUAAAUCCUCAAUACAACUCAAGAAACAACACCCUAUUACUCAAACCUCAACUUCUACUUCUAUCUCCAAAAGUACAUUUUGCAAAUAUGCUAAUUGUUUUUUCUCCUUUCAUGACUCAUCGGACGUCAAGAAAUCCCCUUUCAAUUUACUGUCGCCGGCGCCGGCGAAGAGCCCCCAAAACGGAAGAACUGCUACUUUACUUCUUGAAGCUGCAAUGAGGAUUCAAAAACAACAAAGUGCAGAACCAAAUACACAAAUCAAGAAAAUAAAGUUUGGGUAUUUUAGGUCCAUUUUGAAGAGACUCAAGGAUCGAAAUAGCGAUAAAAAGAGUGAGCUAAAGAAUGGUGAAAAUAGCAAUAACAUUAGCGGUGUUUUUUGGUCAGAAAGAAAUGAAGAGAAGUCCAAAGAUUUUGAGCCUUGUAGCAGUACUGGUGAUUUUGGUACAUGUGAUAGACGCUAUUGUUCAAGUCCUUUUAGAUUUUCUCUUCAAAGAUGCCCGUCCUCCGGUUAUGUAAAGCCGGAUUUCUUAUCUCCGGCAGCUUCUCCGAUUAAUCACAAGAAAGAGGACAAAAACUAUGAAACAAUAGCCUUGGCAAGUGUAGAUGCGAAAGAGCAAUGCAGUCCAACUUCUGUAUUGGAUCCUCCAUUUGAGGAGGAUGAUCAAGCUGAUGGACAUGAAUGUAAGGACGACGACGACGACGAGGAUUGUGAUCUUGAAUGCAGUUAUGCACUUGUACAAAGAGCUCAGCAGCAGCUUUUAUAUAAGCUUCGUAGGUUCGAAAAACUAGCAGAGUUAAAUCCAAUUGAACUUGAGAAACUAAUGCUGGACGCAGAUGACAAUGAUGAUCUAGUAGAGGAAGAGGAAUAUCAAGAUUCAGACCUGAUUUCUGAGAAGUUUGAAGUUAAAAGCUUGAACUGUGGAAGAGAAUGCAAGAGGUUUGAUUCAUGGCAAGAAGUAACAUCAAAUACCAUUGACAUGAUGUUGGAAUUGGACUUGAGAAGUGAGUCUGAUGAAUGGAAUAAGUUGCAGAAGCAAAGAGAAGAAACUGCAAUAGAAUUUGCUUUUUCUAUAUUUGGAUUAUUAGUAGAGGAAUUAGGAGAGGAGCUUAGUUCACUUAGCUGUAUUCCAUGGGAACCACAAUAAUGUUUUUGGAUUAAUUCACACCUAAUUUUUCAUCUUAAAUCA